GCAUCGGAGUCUGAUGUCCUAGAACCACCGCUGAGGAUAAUCUCCAAUGCACGGAAACAAAACCGGCCCAUUGUCAAACGUCGCAACUUCCUAUGUUCCUUUCAUACAUGUGGUUUCCUGGGUCCUGAUUAUCAGUAGAGAUUUGAGUUGGAGGGCAGAAUUUGGAGAAUUCCUGCAACUUUGUGACUCGAGGGGGGCAGUCAGCUGAAGAAAAUUCACCUUUUGAGGAGUUCUGCAUCUCACCAUCAUCUGCCAUCCCUGAGUGCCAAAGGAUACUACAGGUUUCCUGCCAACUCCUGUCAAAUUAGUUGGCAUCUGGCAAGUCUUUUAUCUCCAACACAACUUGAAACUUUCAUAAGGAAUUUAUAAGAAGGACUCCAUGAAAGAUGACAGAAGAAGUCAUCGUGAUAGCCAAGUGGGACUACACGGCCCAGCAGGACCAGGAGCUAGACAUCAAGAAGAACGAGCGCCUGUGGCUGCUGGACGACUCCAAGACAUGGUGGCGGGUGCGGAACGCGGCCAACAGGACGGGCUAUGUGCCUUCCAACUACGUGGAGCGGAAGAACAGUCUCAAGAAGGGCUCCCUCGUGAGGAACCUCAAGGACACACUGGGCCUCGGCAGGACCCGCAGGAAGACGAGUGCGCGCGAUGCCUCGCCCACGCCCAGCACGGACGCAGAGUUCCCCGCCAACGGGGGUGGCGCCGACCGCAUCUAUGACCUCAGCAUCCCAGCCAUAGUCAAGUUCGCAUACGCGGCUGAGCGCGAGGAUGAGCUGUCGCUCGUGAAGGGCUCUCGCGUCACCGUCAUGGAGAAGUGCAGCGACGGCUGGUGGCGGGGCAGCUACAACGGGCAGGUGGGCUGGUUCCCGUCCAACUACGUGCUGGAGGAGCUGGACGAAGCGGCCGCUGACACGCAUGGAGGCCCAAGCCUGCGGUCCGGCGCCGCACUCAGCAAUGGCCAGAGCUUGCGGGUCCUGCACGUGGUGCAGACACUGUACCCCUUCAGCUCGGUCACCGAGGAGGAGCUUAACUUCGACAAGGGCGAGACGAUGGAGGUGAUCGAGAAGCCUGAGAACGAUCCUGAAUGGUGGCGUUGCCGCAAUGCGCGUGGCCAGGUCGGCCUAGUGCCCAAGAACUACGUGGUGGUGCUGAGCGAGGGCCCAGCCCUGCACGCAGGCUCUGGCCCCACGGGGCCCGCUCGUGCGGGCCGGUUUGCAGGCCGGGAGUGGUACUACGGGAACGUGACUCGCCACCAGGCCGAGUGCGCGCUCAACGCGAGAGGCGUGCAGGGCGACUUCCUCGUCCGCGAUAGCGAGUCCUCGCCCAGUGACUUCUCCGUGUCUCUCAAAGCAUCAGGGAAGAACAAGCAUUUCAAGGUGCAGCUCGUGGACAAUGUCUACUGCAUCGGGCAGCGGCGCUUCCACACCAUGGACGAGCUGGUGGAGCACUACAAGAAGGCGCCCAUCUUCACCAGUGAGCACGGGGAGAAGCUCUACCUCGUCCGAGCACUGCAGUGACAUCACCGGUGCUCCGCGCUCCCUGAGCCCGGCCAUGCACCCCAGAAGAAGCCCAUAUCCUGGGCCCUCCUACCAGCCGGCCCCCGGGGUUCGUCCUGCACCACUCUCUCUGCCUGGUUUCCCUUCUGUCCGGGUCGGUUUGUUUUCCAUCCGCCCCCUUCGGCGUCCCAGGCCCCCCCAGCCGGCUCUGGAGGCGGGGAGGGGGCCAUGGGCCCAGGGCUCACCUGUUCCUUCUCCAUGGAAACAGCCUUAGUCUGUGGACAUCGCUCACGCCAUGUGGCCCCCCUUCAGGACCCGGGCGCGGUUUGAACGCACCGAAGCUGCCCUUACUCCUGAGCUACAGCACCCUCAACGGUGGGCCUGGCUCUGGGCGGCACCUGCCGGGGCCCUGGAUCCGGGUGCUGGGUGCUCACACAGCCCCAGACUCCCGGGGGGCGACCCCACGCGCUCCUAGCAAUACUGGGCCCCCCGGUGAGACAGGAGGGAAGAAGCUGUCCAGUGCCUUUGGGGCUGCGCUUGCAAUAAAGAAAAGAGGUCCUGGGAAGUCGGCCCACAAAGGCGGGGCCAGAGACGCGGAAAGAUGGAGGUUUUGGAAAUUUCCCCCAGACGUGCCAUCUGCAUAGUGCUUUUUCCUCUUGCCCUUCAGCUUGCUUCAAUUUCACAGUUAUGUAUUUAAUUCUCAAAGUUAUAUGUAUCUGUAGCCAUUUGUUGACACUAAUCCAGAUGAUUAAGGAGAACAGCUGAUCUUUGGGGGAGGGGCGUGACAGACACUUGACACACACACACACAAAUAUAUAUAUAUUAUUUGCUUUAUGGGGAAAUUUUUCAGGGUUUACAAAAGAAUAUGUGAUCGGUAGUGAGAGACACAGAAUGUUUAUGAAGAAAUUGCGUUUUCUUUUUUUCUUUACAUUUGAACUUCUUUAUAGGUGAAAUAUAUACAGUCUUGAGGUGGCACAUUCCUACAGUUGAGGAAGGGGUCUUGGGACCUCCUAAACUUGUAUACUCAGUUUUUUGGAUAUUGUAAUAAAAAAGUAUUAUGACAAGA